AUGGCCGAUCGUGAUGUUGAAGAUCCACUGCUAGCAGAAACUGUGGAUUCUUCACGCCAAUCUAAUGGAAACUCUUCUUUGAAGAGAAGAAAGUAUCGUCGUUCUAAGAGUACCCCGACCGAGGAUAUCUGUGCAGGGCAAACAAGUGUUGAAUCACUUCAACACCCAGAGUCGAUUUUUGGAAAUAAGAUCCAUUUCAAGCAAGUAGUCGCGUUAUUGAGCGCAUAUUUAGGUGUAGGAGCCUUCUGUUUCUUCCUUGUUCGAGAUCAGAUCAAGGGGCAGAAGACGAAUGUAAUUCUUGAUGCCGUUUAUUUCUGUGUCGUUACAAUGACAACCGUUGGAUAUGGGGACCUGGUUCCUGAUAGCAUCUUGUCAAAACUCCUUGCUUGCAUCUUUGUGUUUAUUGGAAUGGCACUUGUUGGAUUUCUCCUAAGCAAAGCAGCAGAUUACAUAGUCGAAAAGCAGGAAAUUCUUUUGGUUAAGACCAUUCACAUGCGCGAAAAAUAUAGCGCUAACGACAUUCUCAAGGAAGUCGAAACCAACAAAGUCGAGUACAAAUUUCUCACGGCCCUCAUUUUUCUUAUAAUCCUCAUAGUUAUUGGAUCAUUAUUCUUAUACCGAAUAGAGGGAUUGAAUCUUUUCGAUGCCUUCUAUUGUGUUUGUGCUACUAUCACGACACUAGGGUAUGGGGAUAAGAGCUUCUCAACUUACACGGGGCGUAUAUUUGCUUCUUUUUGGAUACUUAUAAGCACCAUUUGUUUGGCUCAGUUCUUUUACUGUCUCGCGGAAUUAUAUACUGAGAGGAGAAGAAAAUCACUGGUUAAAUGGGUACUUACAAGGAAGUUAACAAUCUCAGAUCUUGAGGCAGCAGAUCUUGAUAAUGAUAAAGUUGUUAGUGCUGCAGAGUUUGUUGUGUUUAAACUCAAAGAGCUGGGGAAGAUAAGCAAGGAAGAUAUCGAUAUGGUGAUGGAGGGAUUUAAAUUUCUUGACGUUGAUCAAUCAGGAACUCUUACGAAAGCUGAUUUAGUUAACCCCGGCUCAUCGAAUUCUUAG